AUGGAGGCACAAAAUGAAACUGACUUGAAGGAAUUCAUCAUACUGGGGUUUAAAAAUCUCAAGAAAGUGCAUCUCUUGCUCUUCAUCGGAUUCUUCAUCACUUAUCUAUGCACCAUGCUGUGGAAUGCCUUCAUCAUUACCUUGGCAAUUGUAGACCAGAAACUGAGAACCCCUAUGUAUUUCUUCCUUGGCAAUCUCUCCUUUCUUGACAUCUGCUACACCUCUACCACAAUCCCCCAGAUGUUGGCUCACCUUCUGUCUGAAAGGAACACUAUUCCUUACAUGGGCUGUGUACUUCAAGUUUAUUUUUUCUUCUCCUUUGUGGGUACAGAAUGUCUUCUUCUGGCAGUCAUGGCCUUUGACCGCUAUGUUGCCAUAUGCAACCCUUUACGCUACACACUGCUUAUUGGCAAAGAUAUUUGUCUCCAGCUAGCCACAGCCUGCUGGGCUGGUGGUUUCCUCAACUCUGUGGUGCAUACCACAUUUGCCUUCCAGCUACCUUUUUGUGGGGACAACCACAUUGAUGCUUUCUACUGUGACAUCCCACCACUGCUGAAGCUAUCAUGCGGAGAUACUUCCCUCAACCAAGUUCUGUUGUUGUCCAUAGGCCUAUUCAUAGCUUGGACCCCCUUAGUUUGCAUACUUUUAUCAUAUACUUACAUCAUUUCAACUGUCUUGAAGAUACAGUCAUCAGAAGGGAGACAAAAAGCAUUCUCCACCUGCUCCUCUCACAUCACUGUGGUUCUUUUAUACUAUGGCAGUUCCAUCUUCACCUAUUUGACUUCUAAUAGUAGUCAUCCCUCCAAUCAUGCCAAGCUCAUUCCAGUGAUAUACAGUGUCUUGACCCCAUUGUUAAAUCCCAUUAUCUAUACCUUGCGCAACAAAGAUGUGAAAAAUGCCUCGAAAAACAUGAUUGGGAAGAGUUGA